AUGAUGGAAAACAAACUGUCUGAAUCGUCAGAGAUGACAACCGAAAAGAGCUUAAAUCAUGAAACUACAUUUGAUAAGUAUACAACAACAACAACAACAACGAAUAAAAUCCAAAAAAAAUCAACGGAAACAACCACGCAAUCAAUCAGUCUAAAUGGUGACGACUCAAAGAUCGAUUCCAAGUUUUCAAGAGUUGUAAAAGUAUCAAGAAGAGCACUUACAACUUAUGCUUCAUUUAUUGGUCCUGGUUUACUUGUUAGUGUUGCUUAUAUGGAUCCUGGGAAUUAUGCCACCGGUAUAACUGCAGGUGCCUCAAACAAAUAUUCUUUAUUGUUUAUUGUAUUAUUAGCCGAUAUUAUCGCUAUUUUUUUACAAGUUCUUUGUAUAAAAUUAGGUUGUGUCACUGGUUAUGACUUAGCUCGAUGUUGUCGUGAAUACUUGCCUAAAAAAUUGAAUUGGGCAUUAUGGAUCUUAGCUGAAUGUGCAAUUAUAUCUACUGAUGUUGCUGAAGUUAUUGGAUCAGCCACGGCAUUGAAUAUUUUAUUGAAAAUUCCAUUACCUGCUGGUGUUGUUAUUACCGUUGUUGAUGUUAUAUUUGUACUUACUGCCUAUCGUACUGAUACUUCACUGUUGAAAUUUGUUAAAAUUUUUGAAUAUGCAGUAGGGUGUUUGGUGAUGGUUGUUGUUAUAUGUUUUGCCGUUGAAUUAUCUCAAAUUACUGCUAAUGUGGGACAAGUAUUCCGAGGAUUUGUUCCUUCUAAAGAAAUGUUUGAUGGUAAUGGUAUGACAGUGGCAACCUCUGUUAUUGGAUCUACAGUUAUGAUACAUUCAUUGUUUUUGGGUUCAGGUUUAGUACAACCUAGAAUGCGGGAUUAUGAUGUUAAACAUGGUUAUGUCAAUUUAUAUGAAAUUGCUAAAGAAGAACAAGAAAAAAAACAAGCCCAAGUAGAAGUAGGGGCUGAAGAAAUUUCACCAGUAGUUUCUUCAGAAUCUUCCCAAAACAAUAUUGCUCCAACUUAUGAACAAGAGGCAAAAUUUUUCCGUACAAAGUAUAAACCAUCUUAUAAAUCCAUUUGUUAUUGUUUGAAAUAUUCAAAAAUUGAAUUAAUUGUGACUUUAGCAACAAUUGCCCUUUUCGUAAAUGCAGCAAUUGUUAUUAUUGCUGGGGCAACUUUAUACGGUACUUCAGAGGCCAUGAAUGCUGAUCUUUACACAAUUCAUAACUUGUUAAGUAAAAGUUUAUCACCUGUUGUUGGUACCAUUUUCAUGGUUGCAUUAUUGUCAAGUGGUCAAAGUGCUGGUGUUGUAUGUACGAUUGCUGGUCAAAUGGUGGGGGAAGGUCAUAUUAAUUGGACUUUAAAACCAUGGAUGAGAAGAAUAUUAACUCGAGCCAUUUCUAUUAUUCCUUGCUUGACUAUUUCGGUCUUUAUUGGGAAAAAUGGGUUAGGAGUGGCAUUGAAUAUAUCUCAAAUUAUAAUAUCAAUAUUGUUACCACCAUUAACUGCACCUUUAAUAUAUUUUACAUGUUGUAAAAAAAUCAUGAAAGUUGAGUUAGGUGAUGAAGAUGAAGUUGAAGGAAUUGAAGAUGCAGAUUCUGGUAAGAGAUAUAAAUAUAUGACUAAUAGUUGGAUAACUACGAUUAUUGUUGUCAUAAUUUGGCUUUUGGUGGCAAUAUUGAAUGUUUAUGCUAUUUAUCAAAUGGCAGUAAGUGGUGUGACAGGGUCUUAA